CCUAUCCUAUCCUAUCCUAUCCUAUCCUAUUCAUUAUUUCCAGCAGCUCUUGACUUCACUGGUUUAAUUUCUGUCCACCACAUAGCAACUAAGGACAGAGGUCAAAGCAGCCCUCCUUCCCUGGACCUCUUUUAAAAGGCUUGGGGUGGGGUGGGGGCAGCUACCCUGCUCCAAUCCAGGGAUGCCAAGCCAAAGGGAGGGACAGUGUGUGGGGGGUCAUAAGACCCCGUUGCCAGGAGAUGGCCCCUGUCAUAAUCUAUUCAGGGCCCUCAGCAGCUGGCAGGCUAGGGGACAGGAGACCCAUCCUGGCUCGUGCUAUGUCUGACUUCUUUGUUUGGUUCUGUGAUCGCGGAUCCUGCCAGAACGUUGCCCACCCACCCAAGACCCUGCCCGCCCAGGGGGGCACCAUGAAGGCGUCAACUUCCGUCCACCUCAGGCUGCCAACAGGCAAGAAACAGGCCGUAAAUAAGCCACCGGUCCUGGAAGGCUCGAAAGAACCCAAGCCCUCCGCCAAAGGCCCCCAAGGCAGGUCGCCCCCCGCUCCCAAAGAGCCCCCCUUGAAGAAGGACGCUGGCAAGCCCACGCAGCACCCCAAAUUAGUCGGGAAGAAGCUAUGUUGGACGGAGGAGAACGAAACGAAAGCGGCGGCUUGCCCGGAAGGCAACGCCAAGCAAAAGAACAGCAAGUCCUUGAUGGGCCCAGCCCAAGUUUCUGGGGGACAUGGACCCCAAAGUUUGAGUGUUCCUGAGAAGCAGCUACUGAGACCUCCCAACACCGCGAUGAGAGCAGCGCGGUGUGGCCUCCUCCACGCGCCUCAUGUCAACGCCAAGGGAGACCAGCCAGGGAUGCCUGCCAAGGCAGCUUCUGGGGUAGUCAAGACGAGCAGCACGGCGGUGUUGAAAAAAAGCAAAAAAUUGCACAAUCAGGCUUUGCUUUCCAAAGGUUGUGUGCGCACAGUAGCAACACAUGGUGACAUGGAGCACAAGAAAAAUGCGAUUCCUAAAACCAUCAAAGCAAAGCUUUUCAGUCUGGUUGAUCUGGAGCUUGGGGACUUGAUAGAAAUAUUCCGGCUGGCUUACCAGCAUUGGGCGAUCUACGUGGGGAAUGGUUACGUGAUCCAUCUUGCUCCCCCAAGUGAACUGGCUGGAGCGGGUUGUGCCAGCCUGAUGUCCACUCUCACCAACAAGGCCCUGGUGAAGAAGGAGCGGCUCAUGGAAGUGGUGGGCCACGACCGAUACCGGGUCAACAACAAACACGAUUGCAAAUACACCCCGCUGCCCGUCAACAAGAUUGUCAGGCUGGCUGAAGAGAAAGUGGGCCAAGAACUGGAGUACAAAAUCACCAGCGAGAACUGUGAGCACUUCGUCACCGAACUUCGCUACGGCGUGGCCAGGAGCGAUCAAGUCCGAGAUUUCUUCGUGGGGGCAACCAUCGCGGGCCUGGCUGGCUUGUUUGUUGGAGUGGGCACCGCCAUGGUUAGGAGGAAAAAGCAGCAGAACCAAUAAUGAGGAAAAAGCAGAUUUCUCAGA